AUGGAUACCCCUACAUGCCCCCCGCCACGGGACGACCGCGAGAAGGAGAUUCUUGAGAGGCUCGUUGCGAUCCGCGACAGACUGCAGCUGCUGAAGCAGGAUCGCACGACGUACGUUCGCAGUCAGGAUGUCCUCCCUCUGUACGAAGAAACCAUCGAACAGGUUCGCCAACUCAACGAGUGUCGGUCGUCUGACCGAAGGGAGGAGAACAGAGUGGACAGAGUGUUGGAGAGCUGUUUCCAGCUCUUGUCGCUCUUCUUCAUGACGAUCGGUCGAAACAACGAAGCCCCAGCCGCCUAUGCCUUGACAUCCACCAUCAGGAGACUGUUGGAUCACCUUACCGAGGUCGACCUGUACUCGGCCAAAGACCUAGAGAGCCUGUCGCACACUCUGACGAAGCUGGCGCACAACGUCAAGUCCACCGAAAACGAAUACUCGCCAUAUAUCAUAACUCUACUGUCGAACAGGCUAGAGCUGUGUGAAAAGUCGCUGGCCAAUCUCAGAAAACGCCUGGAACGUCUCGAGGACCCCCUGCCGAAGACGUACGAGAAGCUGAUCUCUAUCCUAAGAUCAAUGUCUCUAGCAAACACGCGAUCCAAGGUAGGUUUGGUGCUCAGAAGGAUGUAA